CAGAAAGUUGUACAAACUGCACCAGCAACUUGAGUUCUUUCAAGUGACGAACACUCUUGAGCAGACAAAAAAACAUCCUAUGCAACUCAAAUUUCAGUCUCUUUCAGCUGACACUAAAUCUACCUAACCCACUGACAAUCUAUGGUAAGAAACCCUAAUUGAAUCCUUUCAUUUCCAAAUAUUUGUUCUCUAUCUAAGCUUUUAUCUUGGCCUCUGUUUUAAAUUUAAUCAAGAAAUAAAAUUUCUUUCAAUUUAUUUAAUUUUUCAUUAACUAGAUAUGACCCAUUUACACAAAGUACGAUUACUUCCUAUUCUCAAAUGGGUUUCUUCAAAUUUUGUUGAUUGUUACAAAAUCCCAUUUUUCUGUACUGCAAAUAACCCUAGAUUCUAUAGGACAAAAAAAGUUUGUGAUAAUGGCAAUGUAGAUAACACUUCAAUAGAUGAUGAGCAGUUCAAUAGCAAAUUUUCUGUUGCUGCUACAACAGAAGCUCAGGCUGCUCUUGUAGAUUACUUGCAUUCCACUAGAAGCUUGCACAUUACUGAUGCAGAAUAUUUGAGUAAAAACUCGCCCGUUUUUGUUGAAAAGUUGUUGCAGAAGGUUCAUUUGGAUGGAGGUGUUGGGGGGUCGGUUACUCGUUUUUUGCGUUAUCACCCCAUUAAUGAAUUUGAGCCUUUCUUUGAGAGUUUGGGGUUCAGACCUAGUCAGUACAGGCAUUUUCUUCCGCGUAAUUUGAUGUUUUUGAGUGAUGAUGAGCUGCUGCUGGAGAAUUUUAAUGUUUUGUGUAACUAUGGAAUUCCGAGAAUUAAGAUAGGUGGGAUUUACAAAAAAGCAGGGGAAGUUUUUAGGUAUGCCCAUGGGGUCUUGGCAACAAAACUUCAAGCUUAUGAAGAAUUGGGGCUUGAUCGGUCUUUUAUGAGUAAAAUGAUUGUUUGUUGCCCCAGUCUUGUGAUUGGGGAUGCUAAUAUUGAUUUUAUUAAGUCGAUAGAUAUAUUGAGGAAAGGGGGAAUUGAAUGUUACCGGAUUGAGGAGCAUAUCUCGGAGGAGUGUUCUUAUAACUGGAGCCAUGUGCAUGCUCUACUAAACUUAUUAUGCAAAAAUGGUUACAGUGAAUUGUUAGGUGGAUUAUUAAGUCAAAGUCCAGGAGUUCUUUUUGAGGAUUCCGGGGAUAGGACAUUAUCGUUAAUUGUGUUUCUAGUUAAAUUUGGAUUUUCGAUGAAUGAGAUAUGUUCCAUGUUCCUGCAGUUUCCACAAAUGCAAGUUGGGAAAUUUCUUUUGAAUAUGAGGCAAUGUUAUCUUUUCCUAACUGAGAUUGAGAUGGAGAUUCUAGAGAUCGGAAAUAUCAUCCGUUCUCACCCACUAAUGCUGGGUUCAUUGGCAUUGAAGAAAACUAACAGCUUGCUUUCUAUUUUGAAUGUUGGGAAGAAGCGACUUUGUGAUACAAUUCUUGAAAACCCACAAGAAAUGAAGAAUUGGGCAAAGGGAUCUAAAGUUCGGCCUCUACCAAAGUCAGGGGAGAGGCUAAGAUCUCGAAUGCUGAAGAAUAAGUUCUUGUUAGACUUAGGAUUUCUAGAGAACUCGAGUGAAAUGGAAAAAGCACUCAAGGGUUUCCGAGGGAGAGGAACAGAGCUACAAGAGAGAUUUGAUUGCAUUACGCUAGCUGGUUUGAAUAAAAAGGUUGUUUGUGAAAUGGUCAGGACAUCCCCUCAAAUUCUUAACCAGACAAAGGAUGUUAUCAAUAUGAAAAUUAGUUUUCUUGUGAAUGAAUUAGGUUAUCCCAUAGUGUCAUUAAUCACAUUUCCUGCAUUUCUUUGCUAUACAAUACCAACUAUCAAGCUUAGGUUGGCAAUGUACAAUUGGCUGAAAGAUCAAGGAAAAGUAGACCCCAUGCUUUCCUUGAGCACUGUAAUUGGAUGCUCCGAUAAAGUAUUUUUAAAGAGAUAUGUACAACUUCACCCUGGAGGUCCCGAAUUUUGGCAGGAUUUGAAGAAAAAAUUUGAUUCUGAACAGAGCCACGUUGUAUAAUUAUUUUGCAUUUAUCAUUUCAGCCUUUCUGACGAAGAUGUGAAGAUCUUUGGUAUAUUGAUUUGUACAUUUUAUGCUGAAAUCAAUUUUGCUACAGUUAGCUAGCAGAAAAUAGAAAUUCAAAGCAAAGAAGAUUGCAACCA